GCAAUUGCCAAAUAGUUAUCUUUGCAUGAACUUAUGAUUGGACGCCUCCUCUGCGCGUGCGUCGCAUGCAGUUCCAUUUCGCACGUGAGACUCGCAUCUUCAAUCUUCAUCUAUAUGGCGUGCUCUUUCCCUGUAACCAAACGUUAUUUGCGAAUCUAUCGAACAAAACUGUGACAAAAUAAAUCAAUGCGAUCACUGCAAUCAAUUAUCGACAUUAAAAAUAUCGAUAAUACUAUGAAAUAUGAAUAAAUUCUGAAAAAAUUAGAAAUCGCGUCGGCUCGGGAAUCGAACGACCCGCCGCGCGUCGCAGACGCGCGGCGCGCCGGGGCGCCACGAUCGAUGCUGAGUUGCCGAUGAUCGCGCGCUUAUUUAUCGCACAGCUUUUCGAUCCGGGCGACUUUUAUUCGCGAUAACGGCGUAUUAGGCGCCAGCGGAGUAUUUCACUGGCCGGCGGUCGCGUCCGCGCGCGAUCACCCGCGCGGAGCCCCGCGUACCGUCCCUCAGUACGUUAUGGAAUGCGCGACGGGUAGCUACCGUGUUACGCGGCUCCGCACGAUGUCCGGCCGAAAAUGCACGCUAACAGUACGGAAACUCGUGCGCUGUGGCCGCGGGCUUGACGUCUCGCCACCCGACAUCGGACACGGUGCGCACUCCGGCCGUUGGCCCUCCACGCCGUACGCCGCUCGCACGCGCUCCCGUAUUUUUCGCCGUACUCGGUAGCACAUCGUAUACGUGGCAACAGAGCGUGGCUGCCGUGCGAGCGCUGUGUGCUCUGUCACUUCCUAGUCAAGAGGAAUCCCGUCGGCGGUAACGAGCAACGGUCGCGCGCGUCGCAUCCGCGCCGUAUCCCACGUCCUGUGCGCGCACGGGGGACGUCGCCGGGACGCCGACCUCGCUACGCCGUGGACUCGCUCGGUCGGAACCCCCCUCGGGGCCCGGGGCACGUCGCCCGCCGACAACGCUCUUGCGCUCUCGCCACGAUCGCGUGCACGAUCAGCGUCCGCUGUCCCCCAGUUGUCCGGGACUCGCGUCUUCUACAUCGUUCGGUCCCCCAAGCGGCAUCCCGUCCGCCGAUUUCGGCAACGAUGCGAUUCUGAGGGGAGAAACGAGCGCAGCACCGCCGGCAGCGUCGCCCCGAGCCUCAUCGGGAGACGUCGCGAGCGCGAACGCAACGUGGACGUGGAAGUGUUUACAUCGCCGUAAAAACGUCCGAGGCGGAGGAUCAAAUUCGCGCGACCCGCGGCGACGAUAGCACGGUGGGAAUUUGAUGCUGUAUUCCCUGAUUGACACAUCUGCCGAGCGGGAUGAUGGGCUGACACGAAAUGCCAGUGGUUUAUCAUCAUUGUUCGAGUGCUCUUUCCCCUGCGGCGCAUUCCACAUGAGAGAGAUCACCUGACGAGAGUUAAUGGUGCAUCUGUGCACUGUUGUCAUUAUCCUCCGGUCGGUACAAUGGAGGAGCCAGUCAAGAAGAAGCAGCGCAUCGAGAAUAGCGAAGACGCGAAGAACGCCCUCGCCGAGAUCGAGCAGCUGCAAAGUAGCCUGCUCGCGCGAUGUCUGUGCCACAUGCCGGAGAGCAGCCUGCGCAAGCCGUUCACCAAUAUCACGGUGGAGGCGGCCGACGGCAGCAUCCGCUCCGCCGUCCUGUCCGAAUGGCACAUCGAUCAGACGCUCGAGUUCUUGAGCGCCCUGCAGUUGCUGUUCGACCUCGCAGUCAAGCAGAACAUGCGUGGCGUAAUGUGCAGACGAGUGGUGGACGUGUGCGAUGCACUGGCGCGAAACGAGCACGGCAUCAUCGAUCAGAUCAUCGAUCUGUCCUACACGUCCAACAAGUUCGUGUCGUUCGCCGCGAGCCGCGUGCUGGCGUCCUUCUUCAUCGUCACGCGGGAUAACGUGGAGACCGGCUGGCUGGAGAGGCUCACGCAGUCCCUCGUGGCUACGCACUCGCCCAGCCAGAUGCUGUUCACGCUGGACGUGAUGAAGAGGGUGGUGGAGCACAAAGACUGCAGCAUACACCCGCUCGAAGACGCGGAUGCGUCCGUACCACCAGCCGGCUGCAACACUUUCGUCAUCUCCGACCCCGAGAGCUUCGACAGCACGGCGAUCAAGGCGAUGUGCGUGAAGGCGCUCGAGUCCAAGUGGAUCAUUCUGGUGUCCAAGUUCGACACGAUCCUGAGCGCGUACACGCCGCAACACGAGUCCGUGGUCAUCACGUUCCUGCAUCUAUGGGAGACCGUAAUCUCAGUCAAGGCGAACCUCUCCGUUAUCGACACCAAGCUCUUCUACUCGCAACUGGACAAUCUCGUUGCUGUGUUGCUGAACACCAGCCUGCCAGGCGUGAUAUGGCGCCACCUGCUCGGCCUUUUUAACGAAGUGCUGUGCUACGGUAGUACCUUAGCGUUGCAGGACGUCCUGCCAGAGGAGCCGUGUUCCCUAGCGCAUAGAAUUGUACGCGCUGUCAAGGACGGGCGUUUACUGGACUCGCUGCCGUAUCGUCACGGUUCCGGCCGAUUCGGCGGCGGCACCGGCGAGGGCGAUCGGCCGCUCUUGCAGAAGAUGGUACUACUGGUGCUGAAGAGCGUCGCCGUGACUGUACGUGAGACGCGUAGCGACUCGAGCGAUUCGUCCUUGGGCUCCGAAGCGGAAGAUCUCGACCAGGACAUGGCGGUGAUCGAGAGGGGCAUACACGAAGUGUUGCGCCAGCUGGACCAGUGCGUGAAGACGCUGAUGCCCUUCCAUCCGGAGAUGCCGUUGUCGCAGUGGGUCGUGCAAAUGUUUCACGAUCAGGAUGAUUUCCUCAUCGAGGGUAUGGUGUGUUGCUUGGACGUUGCGGUGGGUCUCUUUUACCGCGGACCGCCGCAGAACGAUCUCGGCCACAUGCUCAGCCCGACGUUGACCUUCGUGCAGUUCAUCCAUGCGGUAUCACAUGAUCCGGACGUACUGUUGGAUCUGUUGGUCAGCAACGAGACCUGCUUCUUGCUGUACCUGUUGCGAUUUCUCAAGUAUAUCAGGCGUAACUGGCACGAGUUCGUCGCGUGUUGCGGUCGCGAGCUGGACGACACGAUGACGAUACUGAUUAGACUACGACUGGCCAUCGAUCGGCUGGUGUCGAAGGCCCUGUUCCCGUACAAUAUCAAUCCGGUUCUCCGUCUGCUCGAGAAAUGCGAGUCCUUCUACGAAGGUAACGUGGAAAACGGUAAUAGCGUGUCCGUCGUGUAAGAUAGAAGAGAUGCGCUCGGUGAUGGUCAGGUUCACCCAACCAGAUCACUCGAACGUGUACAAAGCCGUAUGAACCGAGACGCUCUCUCCAUACAUUAGCUAGGGAUCUUGUCGUCUGUAAAAUAUCGUAAAAUUAUAGCUGUACAGAUUGCCGCAUCGCGUCCCUUAAUGAAACAACAAAAAAGCGACUGAACUAACUCGGCCCGUUCAGCUCCUGCCAGAGAGAUUUGGGGGGAACGAGCAUGUUUCUAAUUUAUUAGGUUUUAGCGAAAUUUUUCAGCGCGUGUUCUCGUCAGUUUAUGAAUCAACAGUGCUAGGUGACGCAAUUAUAUGAUUUAAUCGGAUUAGUAGUACAAAGAGAAGAAUAGCAGAAUUUUGCCUUAGUUGAAAGAACCGAAGAUGCAUUCGUGUGGUGCUAUCGAGAUACGCAUCUCCCUGCCAAAGCACCAUCGAGAGAACGCACCUUGAUGUAUACCACUAGGAUAGUAUUUAUGUGUAUACUUCGAGCUACAAUUUUGUACAAUUUUGCCAGUCAAAUAGGAUAUUAUCUCACUGUAAAUGUAACUUCAUCGUACUUCGACGAUACCUACGAAAUACAUGUACAUAUCCCGUAAAACACUUCCGGAACCAGUCCUGUAAUACACAAUCAAACGUGGCUAGAUAAAAUUUUAUCUGUUCAACAAAUUUCUGAAGAAAUCUGGAAACAGGAUAUUUUCUUGUGGAUCAACAGUGCAUAAAUGAUAACAAACUGUCGUAUUGUAACGCAUAAAUUGUGACGAAUAGGAAAAGCGUAACGCAUACAUAGUCGCAAACAUCGACGUAACAAGAAUACUCUUCGUUAACGUUUUGGUACCGUUAUAGGUGAGAAAUUCAUUUCUUUUUUUACAUUAACAACGCUUCUUUCAAAUGGAUAAGGAUUAUCCGCGUUUCAACAUUUUGAGAGUUUUGUGUGUGUGUGCGCGCAUGUAUGUGCAUGUGUGACAAAACGUAUUGUAAAUAGUAAGAAUAACAACGAUUAACGCACGCGCGGCGUAAGAUUCACAUAAGAUUCUGUAAGUACACAUGUAAUACACUAAAAUUCUCAUAUUUUUACUUUUAUAAUUGUGGUGUCGUUUAAUUCAAUCUCCCCCUGAGUGAGUGUGUGACUUCAUUCGGGAAUUGCGACAUCGUUUACCCCGAUAGCAACUAAACGGAGUUCCAUACUUUGCGGGAAGAUUGCUGCGAAGUAUCGACUGCAAUCGUGGUAGAUCUUUUUUCCAAUCAGAUAUUUAUUAUCAUCUUUCUCAACGCAAGUCAAAUACAAUUGUCAUUACUGAGACUUACGAUAUUAUACAUAGCCCGGUAGAUUGUCAGUGCGAGUGAUCGCGCAAAAAAAGUGUUCACUACAUUGAUUAGAGCGAUGUAACGCGCUUAUCUCUCUCACCGGGACAAACUGUCCAGAUUUAUUUCCCUUUCUUUCCAUUUCUUUUUACUUUAGAAGGAUCAAUAGAAUUAAGUCCGUAACGUUAGCCUUCUUGGCGUACUUCUUUUUUUUUAAUAAAAUUAUGCUAUUUUCUAUUUAGAAUUUGCAAAUAUAGCUCUAAUUAUUUAAACGUUCGAUCGGAGCGCGAUCGAGAAAUUUUGUAUUGAGAAGGGCAGUUUCUAAAAACGCAAAAUUUCUAACUAAAUAUUUAUAUUUGUGUAUUAAAUCAUUAUUUAUAUAUACUUCUGUACUUCGUCAAUAAAUCACUAUUUCACAG